CCCCGAAUCCGGAGUGGUAGUUGCCGAGAUUGCAGUUUUGGCUGGCGUGAGGCGUCGAUAUAAGAGAGGCUGCGUGCCUUGUAAGGUGGUAUCAUUGCUGUAGCCUCCUUUGAAAGGUCUGGAAGAGUAUGUACUUGUUCCAGCCUUCUUCAUGAUGUUGGCAAUGUUCAAUUGCAGUUCGAGCAACAGGAAGAUGAGUGCUGCAUCCUGUAUGAAGCUCGCGGUGUUCCUGCUCGUUCAGUUGGUUCUGUUUGCGCCUGCUGUGCUUGGUGCGCCACCGAGAGGGUGGUCGAGUGGCCGAAUCACCUACUACGGCUCGCCUAACGGUGGAGGAACCCAGGGAGGCGCUUGCGGAUACCAGAACACAGUGUCACUGGGGUACGGGUUCAUGACUGCGGCUCUGAGCACUCCUUUGUUUAACGGCGGAGCAGCAUGUGGGGCGUGUUAUCAGCUCCAAUGCGCUCCAGUGCACGAAACUCCAAAGAAUUUACUCCAGAGAAAUUGGUGCUGGAAGGUGGGUCGAAGGAUCACCAUCACCGCUACUAACUUGUGCCCUCCAGGCUCUGAGGGAGGAUGGUGCGAUCCUCCUCAGCAUCACUUUGACUUGCCAAUGCCCGCUUUCACGGCCCUUGCAAAACGCGAGGGAGGUGUUGUUCCAAUCUACUACAGGAGGGUCAGGUGUGCGAAGCAAGGUGGAAUUCGAUUCACGAUGGGAGGGAACCCUUGGUUUCUGAUGAUCCUCAUCCACAACGUAGCUGGCGCAGGUGAUGUGGUAGCUGUGAAGAUCAAGUGCCCUACUUCUGAUUGGUGUGACAUGUACCGGAACUGGGGUGCAUUUUGGACUGUGCAAAAAAAGAUGGAGGGGCCGCUUUCCUUCCAGAUCACGACGGGUGAUCGGCGCAAGGUGACUACCCACAAUGCAGUUGGUCACGGUUGGCAAUUCGGGCAGACCUGGGAGGGCGCCCAAUAUAGGUGACGAAUCAGUCUUGCCAGUCUGCACGGAGAAGGGAUUUGAUUGAAAAUGAUGGCUCCUACGAUCCGCGCUGUGCCUGUGGCAGAUCGGCAGGCCGCGUAGGACCACAGGGAGGGUCGCAAUGUCAAAUGCUAGCUUCUUGGCGCGUAGUCGAUGGGCUUCGUUUGUCAGUCUUUUAGAACUAGGUAGAAAUUGAGCUUGUUCACGCAGUUGGAAGGAAUCCGUGCUGUGCUUAUACUGAUGUCACUCACAAGCUGGGUGUUUUCGAUGUUUGUGUAUGGGUUUUUAGGCUGCAUCCGGCCGAGCAGUGCUGAUAAAAAUCUGCCGCCUGGAUUGAUUUAGUUGGCGUGGUUUAGCUGACUGCGCAGUCGCCAAUAAUAUGUACCCUAGGACGAAAUUGUAGACAUUAUGCAAAAUAAGAGCACAUUGACAUUCUACGAUUAUUAUUAGCUCCUCUUAAGAUGUUUCUUGUUAAAAUUUAGAGAUGGCUGCAGAGUUGCAGAGCUUACCAGCCAUAUUAGGUGACAUGUUUCGCGCAAUGUUUUACACAUAAAUUGGCUCUAAUCAGCAGUCGGACUACAUAAGACCUUGGGCAGCAUGCAGCGCCUGCCUAUUCUCCCCGUAA